ACACAGACAUUGGAGGAAGAAACAUCAAGAUAUCCUAGUGUUGUUUCUUUAUUUGAUAUACAGGCUUUACAGAAUCCUGGAAAUAAGUAUCAACCAGAAGGUGUGGCCAGAAUACGCAGUGAAGGCAAGUUACCAGUCUUACCACAUCGUGAUAUAGAUCAUCCUUUCCGUGGAUUAUUAGCUAGUCAGUUAGAAUGUACACAAUGUCAAUAUAGAUAUCCUGUUAAAUAUGAUAGCUUUGAUAGUUUAUCACUAUCUUUUCCUAAUGUAUAUUGGGUAAGUAUUUUUUAUUCAUUCAACCUAUCGUGGCUUUGUUAG